AUGGUUCUCCAUGAUAGAAUCAGUGAUUUACCAGACGACUUAUUGCUUCAUAUUCUCUCUUUUCUCCCAACAAACCUCGCUUUCACCACAACCCUUAUUUCCAAACGUUGGUCCUCACUGUUCUAUUCACUCGAUGUUCUACACUUCGACUACAAAACCUUCAAAGACGAUGAUAUCAACUGCCAUGGCUUCCGUCGUUUUGUUGAUAAUCUCAUGCUCUCCCCUCUUUCGCCUAAUAAACCACUCAAAAGGUUUUACCUCGACUGUUAUUUUGAAGACCAACAGAAAGAUAGUUACAUCAUCAUCAACUCAUGGUUAGAAGCCGCAAACCGGCGUGGUAUUGAGGAGUUUCGUCUUAAUCUGCAUUUCAACACCUUGAAGAACAAUAUUUUAAUAUCUCGAACCCUUGUUAUUCUCAAUCUUAAAUUGAUAAAUAUUGAACGUGAUAUUUCAUGUGUUUCUCUUCCAUCACUCAAAACCCUAAUUUUGAAUUACGUUCUUUUUAAGAGUCCGAAUGAUUACAUGGAUUUUCUUUCUGCUUGUCCUAUCCUACAAGAUUUGCAUGCUAAACGUAUCUUUUAUACGAAUCUUGGUGAAUACAAUGCACCAGAAGAAAGGUUUAAAUCUUUGACCUUGUCUAAGUUAGUUAGAGCUAGUAUUGGUUCAAUAGAUGCUAUAUUAAAUGUCUUUAAGAAUGUCGAGUAUCUAAGCUUAAAAAUAACGCUGAAUCCGAUAGAUCAAGAGACUUCUUUCAAAGUCAUUCCAGUGUUUCAAAACUUAAUUCAUACCAAACUAGUGUUUUGUCAAGGUUUCUUUCAUAUUUGGGAUACUGUAGUAGAACUUCUCCAACAUUCUCCCAAGCUUCAAAUUCUUUUUAUUCGAAAGUGGACGCGGAGCAGCUCAUCUAAGGAAUGGAAAUGUCCAAGUUCAGUUCUUGAAUGUGUUUCGUCUCACCUAAGAUCAUGUACUAUUUUAAGCUUUGACGGCUUAGGCUUAGCCAGUGAUCUUCAAUUUGCAAGAUAUAUUUUGCAGAAUGCAAGUCUUUUAGAAAAAAUGAAAAUCAGCAAUGAAAUGCUUUUGGAAGAAAGUCAAAUUAUAAAAGAAUUGUCCUCCUGUCCAAGGAAAUCUCCAACAUGUAAACUUUUCAUUCAAUGA